ACGUAUUAAGUCAUUCGAUGCUCCCCUACCCAGGAAUCCUGAUAUCCUACAGAUCUCGAAGAUCGUUGGGCAUGAGAUUAUCAUACACAACGAUUGACGGCACACGGACACACCCAGCCAAAGCACGAAGAUGGAGCUUCAGUGUUCGCAUGCUGCCCAGAUGGAAGGACCAGCUGCUAGUUCUGCUGGGUGUGCUGCCCUGAGAGAGAAAACCCCGACCAUGAACCAGCACGCAGACGUGUUUGCGCAUCUCACAUGUGCGAGCUACCAGGGUGAAGAAGGACGGGUGUCUGACCUGGAACAUGUUCUUGAGCGAGCCAGGAACGCUGGGGUGAGCCACAUCAUCAGUGCUUGUGAGGAGUUGCAACACGCUCUCAACCUCCUCAAGAUGUCGCGCGCCGCUGAUGAAGUAUACUGUACCAUAAGCUUGGAUCCGGGUGUUCUUCGUGGAAAGGGAACGAGGGCUCCAUACCUGAGGGAAGUGAGGCGUCUCGCCGAGAAGUACCGCGGUGUUGUGGUCGGUGUGAUGUUAAGCGCCUCUAAGAAUUACAAAUCACCUUCAUUCGUCAGGCGAUUGCAGAGAGCACUGGGGGUGGCGGUGGACCAGCAGCUACCGUUGUAUUUUAAGUGGAACAGGAAGAAGGUGUCAAAGUUAAUACUGAACUUUAAGGAGUUGUUGCAAUUGCUUCCUACUACUAUCAUCUACUCCUUUGAGGGUUCGAAGCAGGACGCCCAGACACUUCUCAACAACGGCUUCUACAUCGGGAUCAGCUGCAGGUCUGUCAUGGUUGCACACACUCUGGAGGCUCUUGCCAGUCUUCCCUUGAACCAGGUGUUGGUGCAUUCCGGUGAGCCUGAACUCAACUAUUUGAAUGACCAUCCGCUUGCCAGCACCACUUUUCCUGCUGCACCUCGCAACACCUGGCGGCCGGGACUGAUGCUGGAAGGGCGAGGAGAGCCUGCUUGCGUCGCGCAGGCAGUAGAGGUGGUAGCUGCUACGCGGGGAGAAGACGCAGGUGAGGUGGCGACCCAGCUUUGGAUGAACGCUUGUCAAGUCUUCUUCCCUCAUGAGGAUAUCUGCGCUGGUGUCUAUUGAAUCUCGAACAGAUACCAUCCUUAUCUGUUUAAAAGGAUUCUUGCAG